GUACACUCGAAUGGACUUGGGUUUAAUCUACACUAGCUUCGGAUUUGACAGCACUUUGAAAGUACCCUUGCACCCCCUUGCAUGCUGCGAUCGAGGUUUCGUGUAAACCUAUCUAGUCGUACACCGGCUGCACAUUGACAUUGAACGCUCUGCCAAUUUCUAUACCAUUAUUUACUGAGCUAGCUGAGUCAUCGUAGUCUGGCCAGUCUUUUAUUGACUGACCAUCUGUAUUUCUGUACUAUUACUAUUACUUAGUGUAUUAUAAGUAUGCCUACUACACGGCGAAUAGUCAUCAUGAAAGCACUUAAAUCUCCCGUCUCGUGAAAGACUCGUACGCGUUGGCCAUUGAAUUGUUACGCGUCCAGCUAAUAAACCACAUAGCAGGAAUUUGGAGUGGUCUUCAUGAUCGAUGAGGUAAAAUUUACGGGGAAAGUGAUCGGAUGGACUGAGCUUAAUUGAUGUCGAUUGUCAGACCAACUUACACCGUCGACAGAAAGCAGUGAAUUAAUCAAGGCAAAAUGGUUCUAAUAAUGAUGACGUCAUGCGUAGUGGUCGGAUUAAUCAUUAUGCACCUGCGCAGCAUCCGGGUCCCAAAUGGACUGUCAGAACCUGGGAAAUAUCGUCUACUGAUGGCAUCGCUGGUCAUACCCAAAUUUUUUGAAAAUCUAUAUGUACUCUAUCACCAAGGCAACAUCUUUGCCCGUAUCAGAGCCAGGCGAUUCAUCAUCGAAAACAUCGAGCCUAAACCACUGGAGAAUGUCAAGGGAUCCAACAUCAGGUCAAGGGUCACGUACUUUGAUGGGGUCAAAGUUCGUGUGUAUGAACCCAUCAGGAGGAAGGAAGGUCUGCAGCCGGGUGUUAUUUUCAUUCACGGCGGAGGCAUGGUAACGGGGUCACCUGAUUCCUAUGACGGUCUGACGCGAACAAUGGCAGAACGACUCGACAUGUUCCUUGUUUCAAUCGACUAUCGGCUGGCCCCUGAGCAUCCUUUCCCCACCGGUUACUAUGACAAUCUGCGUGCCACCACGUGGUUCCUCAAGAACGCUCACACAUUCGGCGUUGACGUGCAACGGAUAGCCAUUUCCGGUGACAGCGCGGGUGGGAACUUCGCUGCCGGAGUCUCCCAAGCGAUCCACGAUGACGCCACCCUUCCCAACAUCAAGCUUCAAAUUCUUGUCUACCCUGGGCUCCAGCAGCUUGACUUUUACUCACACUCCUACCAGAAGUACGAGGCGGAGUUCGGUGAUCAUGGCGCGUUGACGCGGGGGAGAGUUAGCGACUUCGUUGCGCUGUAUCUCCACGGGAAGAUCGACUCGACAAUGGUGCACCGAUCAGUGCUCCUGAACGAUCACGUCUCGCAGGAUCUCCUGGACACCUCGCCCGUCUUCAAGUACGUCGAUCGGGAUCUGAUCCCGAAGGGGAUGCGCGUUUCCGAGAAGCACACCAAACAGUGGGAGGAGAUGGAGCGCCGAGCCGGGUCGGACGAAGUGUGGAACCACGUUCAGGAGUUCUAUCUCGAUCCGCGCUUCGCGCCGAUUGUCAGAGAUGACCUGAAAGGCUUACCUCAGGCAAUGAUAGUCACGUGCGGGUUCGAUUGUCUCAGAGACGAUGGGGUGCAUUACGCGAGGAGGCUGAGUGAUGCUGGGGUGAAAGUACACCACAAGGACUACGAGUCGGCUUUUCAUGGUGUGAUAUGGGCAACCAAAAAUGUGCAAUUCGAAGUCGGGAAAGAAAUGCUUAGUGACGUCAUUGAUUUUAUCUCAAAACACGUAUGAAAUACGAAUGAAUUAAUUUGUAGUCGAAUUACUGAAGAUCACAAUCUUGUUACUCAUAUACAGAACUACUCACCGUGAUGCCAUUUGAGUGGUGACUGAAGGUGGAAUUGUUGAAUCAGAAAGUACCACUUCCCUCCUAGAAUUCAUUAACGCGUCGUAUAACACUUUGGGACUGUUUCCUCCAAAUGUUUGAUUAUCGGGAGUUUUCGCUUUUACUCCGGGGGAAACUAUUUGAAAAUGCAAUUCAAAUCAAAAUGGAGAGCUGAGAGGCUUUUGUCGAAAGUUGGUGGACUGGGGCAGCAUGUCAUCAGAAGAUUUGCCUUGGAAGAACAAUUGCAAAUAAGUCGUUGUCCAGAGUCAAGAGAUUCUGAUGCUGUCCCGGUCCACCAACUUUCGACAAAAGCCUCUCAGCUCAUCAUUGUGAUUUGGCUUGUGUUUUCAAAGGAAUAAGCCAGUUCACGGCUAGCUCAUGAUCAACUUUUCUCAAUUGACCUUUGUGAUUUUUCAUUAGGAUAAGCACUAUCAUUUUCAAAUGUAGAUGUUGCGUAAGCUUUACCGGUAGAGUAUUCAAAUUCUAAGAACGAAAGGCAUUGUAUAGACCAGGUGACUAGAAUAGUACAUCAGGGAUAAAGUUUGGAAAUCUGUUUUAUUGUCUGCCUUUGGCACAUUUGACUAUUGUUUAGGCUACUGUCAAAUACCAGUGAUUAUGAAGGCUCUAUUUACUACUCUUCAGCUUGGAUGUGAUAAAAUGAAUAUUUUGAAAGGAAAACAUGACUAAUCAUCAAAUCACAAAUGCCUAUGUCAGUGAAUUUGAAAGCCACCUUCAUGGUUUAUCUCAAAUUACCUUUUUCUGCUCGUGCGCAGUUUUACAACCGUGAACAGGCUUAUGUUUCCUCCUAGGAAAUGCGACAAGUUCAGAAUCCCAUAUCAUGUGUUGCAUAACUAUGUGAUGGCAUAUUAUGUACAAUGUGUCAAAAAUAAUUGUCAAAAUGAUAUUGACAAGGAAUUUAUUGGCUUUAAUCCUUUAUUCAACUCAUUGGGGGCAGUAUAUCAUCAGAUUUGCCUUGGAAGAACAAUUGCAAAUAUGUCGUUGUCCAGAAUCAAGAGAUUCUGAUGCUGUCCCGGUCCACCAACUUUCGACAAAAGCCUCUCAGCUCAUCAUUGUGAUUUGACUUGUGUUUUCAAAGGAAUAAGCCAGUUCACGGUUAGCUCAUGAUCGACUUUUCUCAAUUGACCAGUUGUGAUUUUUCAUUAGGAUAAGCACUAUCAUUUUCAAAUGUAGAUGUUGCGUAAGCUUUACCGGUAGAGUAUUCAAAUUCUAAGAACGAAAGGCAUUGUAUAGACCAGGUGACUAGAAUAGUACAUCAGGGAUAAAGUUUGGAAAUCUGUUUUAUUGUCUGCCUUUGGCACAUUUGACUAUUGUUUAGGCUACUGUCAAAUACCAGUGAUUAUGAAGGCUCUAUUUACUACUCUUCAGCUUGGAUGUGAUAAAAUGAAUAUUUUGAAAGGAAAACAUGACUAAUCAUCAAAUCACAAAUGCCUAUGUCAGUGAAUUUGAAAGCCACCUUCAUGGUUUAUCUCAAAUUACCUUUUUCUGCUCGUGCGCAGUUUUACAACCGUGAACAGGCUUAUGUUUCCUCCUAGGAAAUGCGACAAGUUCAGAAUCCCAUAUCAUGUGUUGCAUAACUAUGUGAUGGCAUAUUAUGUACAAUGUGUCAAAAAUAAUUGUCAAAAUGAUAUUGACAAGGAAUUUAUUGGCUUUAAUCCUUUAUUCAACUCAUUGGGGGCAGUAUAUCAUCAGAUUUGCCUUGGAAGAACAAUUGCAAAUAUGUCGUUGUCCAGAAUCAAGAGAUUCUGAUGCUGUCCCGGUCCACCAACUUUCGACAAAAGCCUCUCAGCUCAUCAUUGUGAUUUGACUUGUGUUUUCAAAGGAAUAAGCCAGUUCACGGUUAGCUCAUGAUCGACUUUUCUCAAUUGACCAGUUGUGAUUUUUCAUUAGGAUAAGCACUAUCAUUUUCAAAUGUAGAUGUUGCGUAAGCUUUACCGGUAGAGUAUUCAAAUUCUAAGAACGAAAGGCAUUGUAUAGACCAGGUGACUAGAAUAGUACAUCAGGGAUAAAGUUUGGAAAUCUGUUUUAUUGUCUGCCUUUGGCACAUUUGACUAUUGUUUAGGCUACUGUCAAAUACCAGUGAUUAUGAAGGCUCUAUUUACUACUCUUCAGCUUGGAUGUGAUAAAAUGAAUAUUUUGAAAGGAAAACAUGACUAAUCAUCAAAUCACAAAUGCCUAUGUCAGUGAAUUUGAAAGCCACCUUCAUGGUUUAUCUCAAAUUACCUUUUUCUGCUCGUGCGCAGUUUUACAACCGUGAACAGGCUUAUGUUUCCUCCUAGGAAAUGCGACAAGUUCAGAAUCCCAGAUCAUGUGUUGCAUAACUAUGUGAUGGCAUAUUAUGUACAAUGUGUCAAAAAUAAUUGUCAAAAUGAUAUUGACAAGGAAUUUAUUGGCUUUAAUCCUUUAUUCAACUCAUUGGGGGCAGUAUAUCAUCAGAUUUGCCUUGGAAGAACAAUUGCAAAUAUGUCGUUGUCCAGAAUCAAGAGAUUCUGAUGCUGUCCCGGUCCACCAACUUUCGACAAAAGCCUCUCAGCUCAUCAUUGUGAUUUGACUUGUGUUUUCAAAGGAAUAAGCCAGUUCACGGUUAGCUCAUGAUCGACUUUUCUCAAUUGACCAGUUGUGAUUUUUCAUUUGGAUAAGCACUAUCAUUUUCAAAUGUAGAUGUUGCGUAAGCUUUACCGGUAGAGUAUUCAAAUUCUAAGAACAAAAGGCAUUGUUUAGACCAGGUGACUAGAGUAGUACAUCAGGGAUAAAGUUUGGAAAUUUGUUUUAUUGUCUGCCUUUGGCACAUAUGACUAUUGUUUAGGCUACUGUCAAAUACCAGUGAUUAUGAAGGUUCUAUUUACUACUCUUCAGCUUGGAUGUGAUAAAUUGAAUAUUUUGAAAGGAAUACAUGAAUAAUCAUCGAAUCACAAAUGCCUAUGUCAGUGAAUUUGAAAGCCACCUUCAUGGUUUAUCUCAAAUUACCUUUUUCUGCUCGUGCGCAGUUUUACAACCGUGAACAGGCUUAUGUUUCCUCCUAGGAAAUGCGACAAGUUCAGAAUCCCAGAUCAUGUGUUGCAUAACUAUGUGAUGGCAUAUUAUGUACAAUGUGUCAAAAAUAAUUGUCAAAAUGAUAUUGACAAGGAAUUUCAUUGGCCUUAAUCCUUUAUUCGACUCAUUGGGGGCAGCAUAUCAUCAGAUUUGCCUUGGAAGAACAAUUGCAAAUAUGUCGUUGUCCAGAGUCAAGAGAUUCCGAUGCUGUCCCGGUCCACCAACUUUCGACAAAAGCCUCACAGCUCAUCAUCGUGAUUUGACUUGUAUUUUCAAAGGAAUUGGUGCGAAAAGUUUUGAAUCCCGGAUGCUAAGCCAGUAAGCGUCAGCGCAAGGUUCUACGAGACAACAUCCAAGGUAUCACGAACUUACCUAACAUAACUAAAUUUAUGUGAUGGCAUAAUAAUGUACAUGUACAACUGGUCACAAAUAAUUAUCAAAAAUUGACAAGGAACUUCAUUGGCUAUAAUCCUUUAUUCAACUCGAUAGUAAAUAAUAGUAAAGUACACUGGUACAAGUUGUAGUUUUGCCCAAUAAGGUUAAAUUUAAUAUAACUUAACUUGCUUAGCAAUUCUCGCUCCACACCGCAUUUUAGGAGUUCACCCCCACGGAGUGGAUAUCGUGUAUGCCUAUGCAUUGUUUGUAUACUGAAUGAAUGUGCAAAUCGUACCAUGAAUUAUGUAAGGGAAUACAAAAAGUAUUUGCUCUUCUAGCCUAAAUGAAUGGAUUUUUUAAGUGGGCCAAAUUUGUGUCACAAUGGCUUAAAAGUAUUACAAUCCUUAUGUAUGUUAUUUAUAAUUUAUUGUGUUUUAUGUUUAAGUUUAACACUAUAUCCUAUUGUUAAAACUGUUUAUAUAAUAAAAAAAUAUAUAUUAACAUUAUAAAGCGAGGUGAUACUAUUUUAUGCAAUAUCAAGCAUUUGAACAGAAAUAAUCGCCGAGGCUUCUGAAAUGUUUCUAAAAUAUACUUAUGAAAUAACAGUACUCCAGCAAUUCAAUAUCACUAUAUCUGUUUUGUGAUGAGGACGUGAUAAUUACACGUUGAUCUUUUUUCCUUUUGUGUGUUUUUUACAUGUGUCUUUCCAAUCAAAUAAAACAGGUACGAACUCAAUGAACUUUA